CAUUCCAUGAAUCAGAGACUCAAGAAAGUCUCACCUCCUUGAAUCUUAUCCUCGGCCGGUCUGAUGAGACUAAACUAAACAAGUUAAAGGAGCCUCGGCACCGUGCACAAUCGACUGUGGUGUGAGAAACUAUUGUACAAAAAGCGGCUGCAUUUGGCCUGCGAUGGAGAUGAAACUUCCGGUUAAAAGAGUGAUCGCCAUUCCCAUUCCUUCCAUGGAAUUUGCAAGGAGAACACUAAUGGCAGCAACAUUUUGACAACAACAGACCAUGACGACUCUCUUCUGUUUCUGCAACCUCUUUCCCUCUCUGUAAUCCACUUUUUCGUAGAUCGUUUCGUUGCUCAAAUGGAUUCCUUAGCCAUUGGGACUCAAUUUUCACCUCCACUCCCAAGAUUGGUUGGCAAUGGAGUUGUGGUUAGACCUGAAGAUAAGGAGCUCACUUCACCAUCUGGGUUGUGUGAUCCUUUAUGUUCAGUUGAUGAAGCAUGCUCAUGUGAUAUUGAGGACAAGUACAACCCAAGGACUGUUUUAUUGAAAGCCCUUGCAGUUUUUGCAGCAGCAGCAACGAUGACUCUGGCAAUUAAUCAAUCCUGGGUUGCUGCCAAUCAGGAUCUUGCCAUGGCAUUGCUUUUUGGAAUAGGAUAUGCAGGUAUAAUCUUUGAGGAGUCACUAGCCUUCAACAAAAGUGGAGUAGGAUUAUUGAUGGCAGUGAGUUUAUGGGUAGUUCGAAGCAUUGGGGCUUCCUCAACUGAAAUUGCUGUUUCAGAGCUGACACGUGCAUCUGCAGAAGUCAGUGAAAUAGUGUUUUUCUUGCUUGGUGCAAUGACCAUAGUAGAGAUCAUUGAUGCUCAUCAAGGAUUUAAGCUGGUUACUGACAAUAUAACCACUCGGAAACCACGUACUCUACUUUGGGUGGUUGGUUUUGUGACUUUUUUGCUUAGUUCCAUCCUUGACAACAUGACAACAACAAUAGUCAUGGUUUCUUUGUUGAGGAAACUAGUGCCUCCAUCUGAAUACCGCAAGAUUCUAGGAGCUGUCGUUGUGAUAGCAGCAAAUGCAGGUGGUGCUUGGACUCCAAUUGGCGAUGUAACCACUACCAUGCUAUGGAUACAUGGUCAGAUAUCUACAUUGCCAACAAUGAAGGGCUUGAUUGUACCUUCAGCUGUUUCACUUGCUGUUCCCCUUGCCCUAAUGUCCAUGACCAGUGAGGUUAAUGGGAAGGGACAGGUUUCUCCCAAUGUUUUGGCAUCUGAACAGAUGGCUCCACGGGGAAAACUUGUUUUGUCUCUGGGAAUUGGAGCUUUGAUCUUUGUUCCAGUGUUCAAGGCCCUAACGGGUUUGCCUCCUUACAUGGGCAUGCUGCUUGGAUUGGGAGUUCUUUGGAUUAUCACUGAUGCUAUUCAUUACAGUGAAUCAGACAGGCAAAAGUUAAAAGUUCCGCAAGCCUUAUCCCGCAUUGACACUCAGGGAGCUCUUUUCUUCCUUGGAAUCCUUUUGUCAGUGAGCAGCCUAGAAGCAGCGGGUAUUCUCCAGGAGUUGGCAAACUACCUUGAUGCUCACAUUCCUAGUGUUGAACUGAUUGCUAGUGCAAUAGGACUCGUAUCAGCCAUCAUAGACAAUGUUCCCCUGGUUGCAGCAACAAUGGGGAUGUAUGAUCUCUCCUCAAUGCCCCAAGAUUCUGAGUUUUGGCAGCUUGUCGCGUAUUGUGCUGGCACUGGUGGAUCCAUGCUAGUUAUUGGGUCUGCAGCGGGUGUUGCAUACAUGGGAAUGGAGAAGGUGGACUUCUUUUGGUACCUGCGGAAGGUGAGUGGUUUUGCUUUCGCAGGUUUUGCCGCUGGAAUUGCUGCCUACUUAGCAGUUAGUCACCUCCAUAUCUCCUUACCCUCAACAAUAGCAAAGCACCCAUUCCUUCCUGGUUUGUAAAUCUUAGCAGCUUCAAGAUUUUGAUUACUUUUGUCUGGGUACGUGCAUUUAUAUCAAUUGGAGUAAGAUACAGGGAUAUCCAAUUAUAAUGUAAAUUUUGGUGCAGAAGAAAGAUGUAUUAACUUGUUAAGCCUGAAUGAAUAGGUUUAAUUGCCUCAACCUCUAUUAAAGAUAUGGGAUAAACAAAAGGUGUAAUGUUGUGAUAUCAUUGCUGUAUCAGAAACGACUUAGGAUCUACUUACAAUUUU